AUGCCGCAAGUCUCAGAUGGAAAGUUGCGUCGUCGAAGUGCAACAGAAACUUCUGUUGACACGCCCGGCAACGAUGAGAAGAUAUUCAAGAAGAGCGCUACAGACCACCUUGAUUCCAAGACGACGAGAGCCAGAACCUUUACGGAGGGUUUUGGGAUCCCGCAUGCCACAAGUCUGCCUGCGGAGACUGGGGACAAGGACCUGCCACCGGAGACGACGGGGGUGGCCCGAAAGUUCCGGUCGGCAGUGUCGAGAGUAGCUCUGGCCGUGAGGCCGACCCUGAUCAGGACCCGAGUGGCAGAGGAUGUGGCACAAGCCACAUCGGAGUGCGACAAAGAUCUCGAGGCCUCCCUCAUGCCACCGGGAAGGAAUCGCCCUGGCAUCGCAGAGAUCGCCUUUGAUAGCGGCUCCUCCCAGUACUGCUUAAUAUCCCACGCAGCCUUUCCAGAGCAGAUGUUGGAGCGGGUUGUGAAGCCCGAAUGGGGUCUUCGAAAUCCCAACCUCAUCCUCUCUAUUAUGGGAGGUGCAGGGAACAUGAACUUGCCUCCCGACAAGUUCGACCUUGAGGGCUUCUCACAGGGACUGGUUGAGGCGGCCACUCGCACCUCUGGCUGGGUGAUAACGGGUGGCACCGCUAGUGGAGUGAUGGACAUCGUCGGCAAGGCAAUGCAGAGGCACGACAAGCAGCGCCAGGUCCCGUGCCUUGGCAUCACUCCCUACGGAGCGCUCACGUGCAAAUGGCGUGACCUCAUCAAUUCAGCUUACGAUCCGGACUUCUCCGCUGCGACAAAGGUGGAUGCUGCUGCCGCAAAGCCUGCAGAGGGGGCGCCACCAGAAACCGAUGGAAACAUUCCAUUGGCGGCUCUCCAGGACAACCACUCCCACUUCAUCAUCUGUGAUAACGGCGAGGUCGGAAGCAAAGCCUUCGGUACCGAGAUCCAAUUCCGCACGAAGUUCGAAGAGUUCGUGACGAGGGGCGUGAACGCCGGCGGCCUGCGAACUCGAGUUCCACGCGUCAUGAUUUUGGUGAACGGUGGCAAGAUCUCGCUGAUUUCGCUGGUGCAGGCCAUCAACACCGGCUGCCCUCUCGUGGUUUGCCAAGGAACUGGCCGCAUUGCGGAUGUCAUCUGCCGGAUCCUCGAGAAGCCGUGCGUGGCAGACACAGAUGACGAGAUUAAUGAGGAGAGUGGCUCGGAAGCGGAGAAGGAUGAAGACGCCCAGUUCCGACAGGCAUUGGACCUCGCCGUGAAGGAGUUCAUGCCAAAGGACACCCUGAGCCCGGAGGAUGUGGCGAACUUCCAGAGCAUUGUCCGGAGCCAGAUGGUGGAAAUUUACACCAUCAACGAUCGCUUCGAGGACGUGGUGUUGCGGGCGGUGUUGGGCAAUGCCAUCGCUAUGUGUGCCAGUAGGUCUAGAGAGAAUGUCGGUGUAUGGCAGCAGCUUUCCCUCGCAGUGCAGUGGGGCUGUGAGGGUUACUACGACCGCCUGGGCCAGAGGCUGGUUCAGGAGAGAGGUGGUUCCGAGCGAGGACCCGAAGCAGCCAUCCGGCUCAUCUUCAAGGAACUCGUCGGAUUCGGCUCCCGGGAUGCCAGGACGCCCAUCACGCUGGUGCGCAGCGUGCGUGAGAAUGCAGGCGUUUUGGUGACGUGGCUUCUGCAGCACUACUUGAAGCAGAUGGACCAGUUCGAGGUCAGUUCCGAGACCUUGCCUCCAGAAAAGGAAGGCAAGCCCUGCGUCCACUGGAGCCGCCUCGGCUUCCAGGAGUCGUGGAAGUCCUUGGAGGGUCUCCUCCUGUGGUCCAUUGAGAAGGAGGCUCCAUCUUCGGUACUGGAAACAAUCUGGUCCUACAUGGAGGAUCCUGUGCAUGCUGCACUGGUGGCAGCGUCCGCCUGCCGAGACACCGCUGAAAGGGAACACUUUUAUGCGUCGUACCAAGAUGGCUUGGCCAAGAAAGAGCUGGAUGAUGCAGCAGACCGUUUCGAAAGGCUGGCGUGUCUCGUUCUUGAGGACCUCGCUUUGUCUGGCAAAGGUGUGGACUACCUCUUCCGUGAGUCUGCCAGAUGGCAGGUGGGCGGACAAGGGCGCACCUGCUUCAAGCUCGCUCAUGAGCUAGGAUGCAAGGCCUUCGUGUCGGCGACCUUCUAUCGAUUGGCAGUGGACCUGUACUGGAUGACGCCAGUCCCCUUCCAGAUCAACAAGAAGCAGCUCGACGCGCAGUUCCUGCGAUGGUGGCCCUUCCUUAGUCUGCUCUGGAACUUCAAGGCUUGCGGAUUUCCCCUCUGGGAGUUCCUCUCCAUACCUUCCAUCCAGGCUUGGACGCACGGACUAGCUCGCGCAAUCUUUGUCGGCCUUUACUCCUACGCAGUGUUCUACAGGCUACUGACCUUCAGUGGUGUGAGCCUUGUGGAGGUGCUGCUGUUCCUCUGGGGCUUGGGCCUGGGUCAAGUGGAGAUCAAGCAGCUGCAGUCCAAUGGCUUCCAGGCGUACAUCCACGACUUCUGGAACUUUCUUGAUUCCUUGCACAUCACUGUGCUACUGGGAUGUCUCGUUCUUGGAGUGCUGCUGACGGACAACAACUCAGAGAUGAACGAGGUGGAGCACCUGCUAGAGGUCACCCACGCCAUGAACUUGCUGCCCUGCUGGAUUCGAGUGCUGCAAAUCUUGCAGCAGUCGGAGUACUUUGGGACGCUGCUCCUCACCAUCUUCGGGAUGGCGAAGGAUGCGGUGAAGUUCUUCAUUCUGGUCGUCAUCUUCUGCUUCGGGUUCAGCUGUGCCAUCACCCCGAUUCUGUUCACACAAAGUGCGGAGCGGGAUGAACAGGGCCUUACCUGGGCGUUUUGGACCAUCGUUGGAAACUUGGACGACAAAGCCUUGAACAAGCUCGACUCGUUGACACCGGUCACAAGGUUUAUUGCCAACAUCUUGGUGUACACCUUGGCCCUGGUUUGUAAUGUGCUCCUCGUGAAUCUGCUCAUUGCUGUCAUGAACAGCACUUACGAACAGAACCAGGCGGUGUCUCAGACAUCCUGGGCAUUCUUCCGGGUGGAGGCAGUGCUGGAGUUUGACCAUGAGUCCAUCCUGCCUCCUCCCCUCAACCUGCUGGAGCCCUUCCUGAAUCGGCAAGCCAGCUCAGACAAGGACCAGCAACAGCUUGGGCGCAGACGGUCCGAGCAGCGCAUGCACGCGGAGAUGUCCAUCACGCGGCGUGAUCUGAAGGACGCGCAGCAACGGGCCUUCCGCGCCAUCAAUUUGGAGGAGGACAUGGGCGAGUCCGCAUCCCUGCGAGCCGAGCUCGCAGAAUUGAGGAUCAGGAAACGUUUGCCUCCGAUUGCUAUCCAGAUAAACUACCCGCGUGAAUUUCGAGAGAUCGCCUUCCCUGGGGACAGUCAUCUUCGAAAUGCUCCGAAAGGCUGGCAGCAAGUUAUUUGCUGGAGCGCCCUGCGGGCUCCGUCAGCAGAUCUCCAGAUUCCUGUGCCAUCGUCACCAAAUGCAGGAAUGCUACGUCGAAAUCGACGUUUGUCGAGACUCGGCAAACGGUGA